AUGUCCUACGCAUUCAACAACUUCGAUCUCAUCCAAUCCCACUUCGCCCGCGUCGAGGAUGGCUCCAAUAUGGAGACGAUGGCGGCAGGUAGUCAGGACGACUACGUCAAGUGCGGGUGCGGCGUCGUCAUCGGCGCCUACGAUAACGUCUUGGAGGAGGUGAGCCCGGUUGGGAUAGGGCACGUUUGGAGGCACGGGGAUCCGUGCAAUGACAAGUUCGUUGGAGAGGAAGCCGCGUGCUGCGGAGAUAGUGGCAGUAAUGUGCCAGCAGCUAUGGGACCUGCAGGUGCGGGUGGAAUACAGGAAUGGGACGUAUACAGCAUCGUCCCCCAGGGCGGCGGUCAUCCCCAGUUUGGGGUUGAUGAGGUACACGGCGGUGAGGCUGGCGAACAGGCAGGGGAACCUGCGUGCGCAGCUAUGGCACACGAUUGGGUUCCCCCGACCUCGGGUAGUCCCCCAAACCCCCGCUCCUCGUCCUCCUCCAGCUGGUGGGCGGAUCUCUCCACCCUUGGGUCGCCCUCUCCCGCCUCCGAUGCCCGCCAUAGUCCCAGCGCGGAGGUUACUGAAGCGGGAGUAUGCGGAGUUCUUUCUCCGUUCCACUCCCUCCCCCCCUCCCCAAGAAGAAGCCCCCCCCCCGCCGUCGCCAUCGAAGCGGAUCAAACAGGAGAGCCCGGAGCCUCCGGUGUUGAGAUUCGCGUCUCCCCCCCUCCCUCCUCGUCGUCGGGGACUUCGGAGUCAAGCGACUUCGACGCGUGGAAGUGGGAGCCGCUCGACCCGUUCGAGACCUACCUCCGGCGGUCAGCGUAUCACAUGGCCCCCGACACGUUCUGUCCCGCGGUCGGCGAACCCGGAGUAGAUGGGAAUACUCGGGCCCAAGUACUCCCGAAAGUGCUUGGCGAAGUGGCGGCGGUGCUGUCCCACCCUCGUUGGAGUCCGGGCGGUUGGGUGGAAGAAAGUGGCCGGUUCCCGUGGAUAGGUAACAUGGAGCGGUAUGUAGAUCGGGAUACAUACCAUCAAUUUGUACGUAGUUACCUGUGUGCCACCGCCUAUCUGGCACAUCUGCAGAUGGCGGAGGUCGGGGACAUGGUCAAAUGGGAAGACUUCGAGUCGCCCAUGGCCCGCUGUCGGUACUAG